AUGUCGUGGCUCCAAAAGCUAGUAGGAAGACAACCGCCUUCCAGCGCAAAUGACCGCUUUGCCCUACCAGAGCCAACGUGGCAGCAACGACUAGAGCACUAUGCACCCAUUUUCCGCUGGCUGCCCGAGUACAGCCUCGAGCGGGAUUUCAAGUUCGACCUCGUGGCUGGGAUCACGGUCGCCAUGAUGCUCAUUCCUCAGGAGGUCUCACUAGCGACGAUCAUGCACGUUCCUGCUCAUUACGGACUCCACACGGCCGCUAUUUCUCCCAUCGUCUACGCCAUCUUUGGCUCGAGUACGGUGCUCUCGGUCGCCAGUGGCUCCGAAGUCUCGCUGCUCGUUGGCUCGGUCCUUGAAAGCGUUGAAGAUCCGGACGAACGGAUCGCGACCGUGAUCUUCAUGUCCUUCCUCUGUGGCAGCAUCUUGCUCCUGAUCCGGAUUUUCAACCUCAGUCAGAUCGCCGACUUCUUUUCCCGUCCCGUCAUGGGCGGCUUCAUCUCAGCUGGAGGUCUGCUCAUUAUGCUCUCGCAGGUCUGUAAUGCUCUCGGUAUCGACGUCAAGUCUUCCGAGUACCCGCCAAUUAAGGUGUACGAACUCUUGAGAAACGUGCAGCAUACCAACUUGAACGCCUUCGCUGUUGCUGCGAUCUCGUGUAUCUAUUUGAUCGCACUGAAGAUGGUCAAGCGACGGUGUUUUCCGUCUCCUGUGGCCAUGCAGCUUUUCAAUACUGACACCUCCCACGUGAAGGAACCAGGCAAAGGGGAAGAGGAAGAGCGGUUUUUAGCACCUGUGACGAAUUCCGGCCAAGGGUUUUCCCUCUCGGACUUGUCGUAUACGGCCAACCAGACACUACCUACGCCCAUUGAAGAGCGGGAGUCGAUGGCUGAUGGCGGGAAGCGUGAAGGGAUUGUCGAGCAGCCGCAAUCCAGAAUACGUGAGCUCGCUCGGUUCCUGUUGCGAAUGCUCUGUGACCUUGGUCCAUUCGUCGUCUGCAUCUUUGGAGGCAUUUUCGGCUACGUACUGGGCCCCUCGCGCAUAAUCUUGACAGGUCCUAUCUCGGGCGGGUUCCCUGGUUUCAAGGUGCCAUGGUACGGCUUCAAUACCGAUCUCAUUGACCGGGAUCGCUUAGGCACGAUCUUCUACAACUCCGUCACAGUGUCUAUUGUUGUGUUCCUGUCGAGUAUCUCCAUGUCCAAGCGCUUGGCUAUUCAGCGUGGAGAGGACGUUAUCACGGAGCAGGAACUGACUGGUAUUGGGAUCUCCAGUGUCAUAUGCGGAUUCUUCCAGGGUGUACCCCCAACCGGUGGUAUGUCUCGCACUGCGGUGAACAUGCAGAAUGCUCGCACUCAGGUGGCCUCGGUCAUCACGUGUCUACUGGUGAUCCUUGCGCUCUACACUUUGACCGAUAUGCUGUACUACCUACCUAGUGCCACAUUGGCAUCAAUUAUUAUCGUAGCUGGCUGGACGCUGGUCGAGUUUCGGGAGGCCAAGUGGUUGUACCGAGUAAAGCGUGACGACUUUUAUGUGUGGGCGUCCUCGUUCUCCAUGACGUUGGGUCUCGGUGUGCUCAACGGCUUGGUCGCCUCCAUCGUUUGCUCCAUCUUGGCUCUCAUGUGGAAGUCAAAGGUGCAGCCCAUUGCUAUUCUGGGUGAGCUGGACAAUGGCAGCUACGUUGACCGACAGGUUUUUCCAGAUGCAAAGCACCUGGGCGACAUCAUUGCCAUUCGAGUGGAAGGCUCGCUCUACUUUGCCAACUGUGAACGAGUGACGCAAUACAUUGAGCGCGAGAUGAUGCGUUUGCACACGCUCGGGGUCACGACGCGUGGGGUUGUGCUGGACAUGUUCCACAUGAACGACAUGGAUGCGACGACGAUUCAGGUGCUGUCGGAUGUCCAAGAGAAGCUCGCGGUGCGCAAAGUGCGCUUUGCACUGGCCAAUGCCAAAAGUCGUUUGCGUGAUCUGCUGGCAGCGACGAACGUGCUAAAGCGCAUUCUAGCCAACGACCCGUCGAUUUCGUUGGAGGAAGCGGUACUGAUGCUGCGUGAGCUGCCGUCUCUAGCAGCUAAAUCCACUUCGGUUCGGCCGGUUGUCUUGAUGUCCAGUAACCCGGUGUGA